AUGGACAGAUACACGAUCGACCGCGUGCUAGCGCCCGCACUGUACGGUGACGUCGUCUUGGCCCGCGACGCCGUCACCGGCGACCGCGUGGCCAUUAAGCGCAUGAAGCUCGAGGCCGCGCGCCGCCAAACGAUGCUACUCGGGAACCGCCGCAUCUCGGAAGACAUUCUGUUCGAGAAGCACGUCAACCGCGCGCUGAGCACCGACGGCGGUCACGCCAACGUGCUGCGCAUGCGCGAUGACUUUGCUCAGGACGGCUACGAGCACUUUGUUUUGGACUUUUGCAGCGGCGGCGAGCUCUACGACGUUGUGAGCAACGCGCCGGGCCAGCGCCUGGCGCUUCCGACGGCCACCGCCUACUUUCGCCAGGUCGUCCGCGGCGUGGCCUUUAUGCACCGCCGCGGCUUUGCCCACCGCGACCUCUCGCUCGAGAACGUCCUCGUCGAUGGAAACGGCACGUGCCACAUUUGCGACUUUGGCCUCGCGGCGAGCCUACCGAGCUUGCGCAAGGAAGCGGUGGGAAAGACGUUCUACAUGGCGCCCGAGGUGCUUUCGGGUCAGUCGUACGACCCUGCCAAGGCCGACAUGUGGUCGCUUGGCAUCAUGCUCUUCAUCAUGCUCGCAGGCAUCCCGCCGAUGGAGGUUGCCGCCGAGUCGGACAGCCGCUAUCGCAUCAUUCGCGCCAAGGGCGUGGCCAAGCUUCUCGAGCUCUGGAAGAUGACACACUUGUUCGACGCUGACGCGUUGGACCUCCUUGGGCAGCUGCUGCACCCGGACGCAAGUGCGCGGCUGUCGCUCGACGCCCUUCUCCACCACGCCUUUGUCGUCGAUCCGUCCGAGGCCAUUCUGCACAUUGCGGACGUCAAGAUCGCCAAUGGCGAGGAGCACAAGGCCGCGCCCGACGCUUCGACCAAGCGCGUCGGCCUUGCAUCCGCGGUCAUGCACCGCUUCAAGACCAUUCGCCGACCGUCGUCGCGCAAGAUCACAGCUGCGCCGUUGGCAUCCAUCGCGGACAAGGUCGCCGACGCCAUUUACGGCCAAGUGCUUCUCUGCAAGGAGAACGCGACCGGGCGGCUCGUCGUGAUCAAGCAAACCAGCCUCGCCGCCAUGCGCGCCAAGCGCGCGUGCAAGACGCAGCGCAAGGUGCAGGAAGACGGCGAGAUGGAGAAGGCGGUGUACACUGCGCUUGCUGCGCGCGGCGGCCACACGAACGUCCUCUCGCUCCUCGACACGUUUGACGACGAGACGCAUACGCACAUGGUCUUUGAGCACUGCAAGUUUGGCGAGCUCUACACCGUGCUCGUCGACGCGCCGCAGAGCCGCUUCGGCCUUCGUGACGCGCAAAUCUACUUUCGGCAGAUCGUACGCGGCGUCAGCUUUCUGCACGCAUCUGGGUUUGCGCACCGCGAUCUCUCGCUCGAAAACAUCCUCGUGGACACGAACAAGCAGUGCCGCAUCAUGGACUUUGGCCUCGCUGUGCCGAUUGCGCCGACGCGGCACGAGUGUGUCGGGAAGCUCUUUUACAUGGCGCCCGAAGUCUACCAAGGCGUCGCCUACCAUCCGCUCCUCGCCGACAUGUGGUCGCUGGGCAUUCUGCUCUACAUCAUGCUCACGGGCGCCCCGCCGAUCGAGAGCACGUCGGUCGACGACGAGCGCUACCGCGUCUUGCACACAAGCGGGAUUCGCGCCCUCGUCAAGGUGUGGCACCUCGGGCGGUAUUUUUCGCCCGACGCCUUGGACGUCGUCGACGGGCUCCUUCAAGUGAACCCUGUGAAGCGCAUGACGACACACUCGCUCUUGCACCACCCGUUUCUGCAAAAGGAGCUUCAGGCCAGCGAUGCAGCAAAGGCAACGUCCGGGCUGAGCUUCGAAACGCUGCUUGUGAUGCUCAAUUUGCGCCACCCUGACCUGUACAAGCGAUGA